AUGAUAUAUAAUUGCACAUUCAUCUUUGGUUUUGUUCUAUACCAAGUCACUUCUUCAAAUUCAAUUCAACCCUCCGUUCUAAUGUUGGUUCUUAUUCUAAAACCUGUUACAUUCGUUGUGGUAACAUUAUGGAGUCUACUGACCCGUUUAAUCUUCAACACAAUUGCUUACACAAUUGUGUUGUUACUCCAAGGUCUGAAAGGAUCUGGUGAAGGCUCACUUGGAGUUUUCAAACAAGUUGCAGAGGGCAUCAGGGUGUGCUUCGAGUUCAUCCUUCAGCUUGUAAUUAACUCAACAAGUUCUAUACUCUCCAAGGUGUUUGAUAUUCUUAAAGAGAGCAUUACAGGGUCAAUGGCUGCUUCAGGAUCCGUGGCUGCAGAACAAGCAGAGAAGCUCAAGACUUCACUUGAAGAAUCUUUCAAACAGGUGCCACAGCUGUUAGAGGGGCUCUCAAAUAUGACCACAGAUAUGGUGAAAGAGUUGUGGAACAACUACCAGGGUGCUGUGGGAUAUGUUAAGGAAAAUACUUGA